AAAAAAAAAAAGGUUUUUAGACGGGGCUUAACGCGUUCCUUCCGAUCUCACUCCAACACCUGACAUCCGUCCUCCAAAUAAUUUCUCCACCCCCAACCCAAUGGCCCCUUAUUAGUGUGUCCGACUAUCUGAGAUUCUUGUAAUAAUAUGUGAUUUGGUCUCUCCCACCCUUCCUCAAUUUCGAUCUCUUUCCAGUUUCUUCCGAUUUAUUGGUUUCCAACCUCUCUUUAUAUCCAUGGAAAAUCAUAACGCCAAAUUGGGCUCUGGCGGUGGACUCAAACCCAACAACAAUAACAGCAUCAGCGAACAAGAACAAAACCCCAAUUUGAAUCAAUGCGAAGAACAAGAACAAGAAGUAACUACUGAGUCCUCGCAAUUGGUGGACCCUCCCUCACCUCCUGUUCCGCAGUCUUCAAGAACACCCUUUACUAAUCUCAGUCAGGUCGAUGCUGACCUAGCCCUUGCUCGAACCCUCCAAGAACAGGAAAGGGCAUACAUGAUGCUACGAAUGAACAAUGAAGAUAGUGAUUAUGGAAGUUGGGAAGCUGGAAGUUAUGUGCAUGAGGAUGAGGAUGAUUUUAAUGAUUUUCAUGACGAUACUGAUGAUAACGAUGAUGAGGAGCAAUAUGAUGGAACUGAGGUUGACAAUGAUGAAGAUGCGUUUGAUGUGCAUGGUCAUGAUGCUGGAGAGGAUGAUAACCCUAGAGUCGAAUAUGACCCGGCUGUUUUUUCAAGUGAUGAGGCCUAUGCAAGAGCCCUGCAGGAUGCUGAAGAUAGAGAGAUGGCCGCUAGACUGAUGGCUCUUGCUGGGAUUAAUGACCGCGAAGUUGAGCACACAGAGGAACAUGGAGGUAACUCUCAGGAUACAUGGGAGGAGGUUGACCCAGAUGAACUUUCAUAUGAGGAGUUAAUUGCAUUGGGUGAAGUUGUUGGAACUGAGAGCAGAGGGCUUUCGGCUGAUACCAUCGCCUCAUUGCCUUCAGUAAGCUACAAGACAGGAAGUGGUCAGAAUGGAAGCAAUGAGUCGUGUGUCAUUUGUCGGCUGGAUUACGAGGCUGGUGAGAACUUGACAAUACUAUCUUGCAAACAUUCCUAUCAUUCUGAGUGCAUAAAUAAUUGGUUGACAAUAAACAAGGUCUGCCCUGUUUGCAGUGCUGAAGUCUCCACCUCUGGAAACAGCUAGCAGAAUCUGUGGACCAUCUUUUCUUGCAAAUCAAAAGACUAUUUGUACAAGUUGUUGCACAGCAAGGGCUAGAGCCCUUGUUGGUUAUUCAUAUUGCAUCUCUUUCACUUGCGAAAACUGUACUAUCCGACCAUUCAAAUUAGAUUUACAAUGCUUGUAUUAUAUGACCUUUCUGGUUAUUCAAUUGAGAAACAUGGUGGCAGGUUUUGCUUAAUAGUAAGUUUUCGGGAUUACCCUAAUGAUACAGAA